UAGCUCACUCAUAUAUUUCGCCACCCUCUCCUGUAAUCAUUUUGUUAUAUAUAUCUCUAGAAAACACUUCAUUCAUUAUCUUCUUCAAUUCAUUCUCACUCACUCUCUCUUUCUCCCCUUUUCAUCUCCAUCUUCCUACAACAUUUUUUAUGCUGCAAGCUCUUUUUCUUUGUCCAAAGAAAAUAUUGAUAAUGUUUUAUCUCAAAACAAAAAUAUUUUGUAUUAGCUUUUGAGCAACUAUUGAUGAGUUGUUUCUCGGUGACUUCAAAAUCACGAAGUUAAACUGUAAAAAUAGUUACUGAUAUAAUUGUCAAGUAGUCAUCAUACAUUACAUUCUUGGCAGCACUUUUCCAAAUGUUACAUUAAGAGAGGAGAAAAUGGUUAUGUACCGAACUGCCCUUCCAAAUCAUUGCACAAUAGAUCGUCUAAUAAGAAGCUCCAGCCCUCCGGAUCUUGAGGGCCAAGACUCCAUCAUUCAUGACCUUGGCUGGUUCCGUGACAUCUCGGGGGAUCCCACCCCGUCUUUGCCCGCCGUACUGGACAGCCCCAUAUAUAUUCUCUGGCUACGAUGAUGCGGAUGUGGCGACCUCGGUGGUGCUGCCCAUGGGGAAGCUGCCCGAGUGCUCCCUUGUGUUCCGGCGGGGGCUCUUGGAGAUGGCGGAGCAAUGGGGGAGCAACGGCGGCGCUGGCGUGGGACCCCAAGUUGACUACCGAACUGGUGGUGCUAGAGCUUGAAACGGAAGAUACUCAACAUUUUCAAUUAUUAUCAGAAUUACCGAAGAAGAGGACUUAUCUAUCGGAUUGGAUUGGUAGUCAUAUUUAAAGUCUCCAACGCAUAACACACCAAACAUGAUUGAUGAAAACUCUUCCGCCCCGCAACAACACCGUUAGCCACCAUCAAAAUGACUCCCUUUAUGACGAUGACGGCCGCCCAAGACGAACCGGAACUGUAUGGACAACAAGUUCUCAUAUAAUAACAGCAGUGAUUGGAUCUGGAGUUUUGUCGUUAGCAUGGUCGAUAGCACAAUUAGGUUGGAUUGGUGGCCCUAUUGUUAUGAUCUUCUUCAGUCUCGUCACUUUGUAUACUUCAUAUUUUCUUGCUAAUUGUUAUCGUGCUGGAGACCCCAUCACUGGCAAGAGGAGCUACACUUACAUGGAAGCCAUUGACAACAUUCUAGGAGGAAAAAAUUCUAUUUUUUGUGGAAUAAUACAAUACGCAAAUCUUUAUGGAAUUACAAUAGGAUAUACAAUUGGGGCUGCUCUUAGCAUGAUGGCAAUAACAAAGAUUCAAUGCAUAUACUCAUCUGAAGGAGAAGACCCAUGCAUUAUUUCUGGCAACCGUUACUUAAUAGGGUUUGGGAUAAUCCAACUUGGUUUCUCUCAACUUCCUGAUUUUCAUAAUAUUUCAUGGCUCUCAGUACUUGCUGCAGUCAUGUCUUUCACAUAUUCCAUAAUUGGUCUCAUUCUUGGAAUUAUCAAAAUGGCAGGAAAUGGCACCAUAAUGGGUAGCAUAACAGGAGCUAAAGGAGAAUCACCGAUGGAUAGAGUGAGGGGGAUAUUCCUAGCUCUUGGAAACAUUGCCUUUGCAUAUGCAUUUUCUACUAUUCUCAUUGAAAUUCAGGACACCAUAAAAUCUCCAAAUGAACUAAAAACAAUGAAGGUUGCUUCAAAGAUAAGUGUUGCAACAACAACAAUAUUCUAUGUCCUAUGUGGAUGCAUAGGUUAUGGUGCAUUUGGAGAUUCAGCACCAGGAAAUUUACUCACAGCAUUUGAUAAACCAAUUUGGCCCAUUAUCAUUGCAAAUUUAGCAAUAGUCAUUCACCUUGUGGGAGCAUACCAAGUUUAUUCCCAACCCCUCUUUGCCUUUGUUGAACAACAAGCAUCUAAAAGAUGGCCAAGUCUUGAAAUUGAACGCACGGUGGAAAUGCCCUUUUUACCCUCUUUCAAGCUAAACAAUUUUAGACUAAUUUGGAGAUCAAUUUUUGUGGUGGUAACAACUUUUAUAUCAAUGUUGAUUCCAUUCUUUAAUGACAUAUUGGGAGUGAUUGGAGCAUUAGGAUUUUGGCCCUUGACAGUUUAUUUUCCUGUGGAGAUGUAUAUCAAACAAAUGAAGAUCGAAAAAUGGAGUGGGAAAUGGAUUGGUUUGCAAUGUUUGAGCAUGUUUUGUCUCUUAGUAACAAUUGCUGCUCUUGUUGGAUCAGUGGUUGGUGUCUUGCUUGACCUUUCCAAAUUCAAGCCAUUCAGCUCACAAUUAUAGUACUCAAAUUAAAGCUCUCUCUCUAUAUAUGCCUUUGGUUUUUGUAUUACUUGUUUAAUUAUUCAUUCAUUUA